CACCCACACAUAGCCGGUUCGAACCACCGCCCUUCCGGACCAUCCCUGGAACAUGUCUGUGCCACAGUCUAUAAAUGCACAAUUGACACCUUGUCACCACUUAGCCCAUCGACCAGGACAGUACACUCCGACUGCCGAGGACCAACAUCAUCAUGAAGACUGUGGUAGCAUUGGCGCUUCUCAGUCUUGUCUGUGUGGAGGGAUGGCUCUUCAGUGAGGAUGCUGAGUGGAACGACCUCAAAGUGACGUGGGGCUUGAACCAGGUGUUCGGCUCGACCAUAUUCGACUCCCUCCCCCGUACGGAGAGUGACGCCCUGGCGGAGGGGUGGGUCGACUUCAGUCGUGGCGCAAGUUGCGACGGAGAUUUUUACCGCGGGUCACGCUAUAUCAAGGACGACGACCCCGCGGUCAUGCUGCUGUUCGACAAGAACGGCUACAUCGCUGGUAUUCAGAUGGGGGCUGUCACAACCGACCUCCCUGCCGGCGUUCCAGCUCCCCAAAUCAUGAACAUGUGGAACUAUGAUGGUAACAUGUUGGUCAUCACCGCCUACUUCAUAGACCCAGCAUCUGUCUGCACCGGCCGUUCGGACGCGGUCUUCACCCUGGAGGGUACCGGCGUGGGUUUGUACCUGCAGACCGGUACCAACCCUGAGACUGACUACGAGCUCAUCCCCAGGGACGAGGCUGAUAUCGGCACGACCGCCUGGACCAAGGGCGGCUGCUUCUACACCAUGGGCCAGCACUACUGGUACGACACUAGCGUCGACAUGGACUGUGAUGACUUCUUCCCAGUCUUCCUGCUGUACAACUCCGGCAGGCUGAACGGAUUCGGCUGGAACAUCAAUGCCAACCUGGACAGCUCCCGCUACGAGAGGCCAGCAGCAGACUCACUGAGUGCGUUUUUCCAGGACACACCAGCCUGUUUCGAGCAACAGGUCCAGCGUGGCCUGUCCACCAUGCAUAUCUACAUGGACGAACAUCCCAGCUUUAACUUCUGUUAGACACAACAUGACGUCCUGGAAGUAUCACAUCUACAACACAUCUACCUGGGCUGCACACAAAUAUAACUACCGUUAGUCAUACUUUUCAUUGAAAUAACACAUGCUCGCCAUACAGAAUACUUCAGUGUGAUCUUCAAGACGAUCUCCUUUCUGCAAAUGUGCCUAUAUCUACACAUCUCCUCUCCGUACAUGUGCUUAUUAUAUACGUAUCUUGAAGAGUAAAACAGGAGAACGUGACUACUUGUAAGAUCGUCAACCCCAGUCUAAAACCCACGAAAUAGUCCUUUGAUCAACACUGCGUGUCGCCAUACCUUUCGACAAAGAUAUGAUAUUUGUGUCAGAACGGCUUCUAUGCCUACAGGUCAGUACAUCAGCACAUUAUCCCACAGAUCAUGCGUUAGCUCUCCAUGUGUUUCGUCAGAAACAAAUAAAGAUAUUUGCCAGUGAAA